AAAGACGAGAUAGAAUUACAUAUAGAAUCUAUAUAUGUAGAUCUCUUUCAAGCCAGUCAACUUAAUUACUUCUUUGAAGGUUAGCUCCUCUCUCUUUUUUUGAUCCAUCAUCAAAAUGUUGUCUAUCACAAAAAAGUUUGAACACCUUAAAAUACCACUAGAAGCCAUAAUAUCAUCAACCAACAAUUUUGCGGAAAGCAAUUGCAUCGGGAGAGGCGGAUUUGGAAAAGUGUAUAAAGGCGAAUUACAUGUCCACUUGAAGGGGCAAACCACAGUUGCUUUAAAACGUUUAGAUCGUACAUUUGGGCAGGGAGACCCUGAGUUUUGGAAGGAGAUAGUUAUGCUUUCUCUUUAUAAACAUGAUAAUAUUGUUUCUCUCUUAGGGUUUUGUGAUGACAGUGGAGAGAAGAUCCUGAUAUACGAAUAUGCAUCAAAGAAAAGUCUAGACUUGUAUCUCAAGAGCGAUGAUUUAACAUGGGUUCGGCGACUGAAGAUAUGCAUUGGGGCAGCUCGCGGUCUAGCUUACCUUCAUAAUCCCGCUGGGACUCAACAAAGAGUAUUGCACCGUGAUAUUAAAAGCUCCAAUAUUCUUUUAGAUGAAAAUUGGAAUGCGAGGAUUGCGGAUUUAGGUUUAUCCAAAUUUGGUCCUGCUAACCAACAAUACACAUUUCUUGUCUCUAAUACAGUAGGCACGUUUGGGUAUUGUGACCCGAUAUACGUAGAGACAGGGUUACUUACAAAAGAGUCGGAUGUCUAUUCAUUUGGGGUAGUGUUGUUUGAAGUUUUGUGUGGCAGGUUAUGUAUUAGCUACAACAAUAAGGCCCAAUCGUUUACGGAAAUGGUUCGAAAGAGUUGCAAACAAAACAAAGUAAGUGAAAUUAUUUACGAUAAUAUAAAGGAUGAAAUAAAUCCAGAUUCUUUGGAGGCAUUUACAACAAUUGCUUAUCGAUGUUUAAAGAGAGACCGUGAACAGCGUCCAUUGAUGAACGAGAUUGUGAGAGCACUCGAAACAGCACUCAUAUAUCAGGCUCCACCAACAUCUCCAACAACUACUACAACUCCAACUCCAAAUCUACAUCCAUUGUCCAAGUUGAUUACUACUGUUUUACCUCCACCGCCAGAGUCAAAGAGGAUGUUCUCACCACCGCCAUCUCCCCUUUCGGAGAGCUCUAACAUGACAGCACAACCUCCAUUUCCUCCUUCAAAGAACAAUAAGGCGCACUUUCGCUUUUGAAGACCUCAAAUGAAGACCUUCGCUUUUGAAGACCUCAAAUGUUGCAGUUAUUACUAUAUAAUUGCAACAGAAACUUUAAAAAACUUGGCCUUGCCAUUUGUCAGUAGUUGAUUCACUAUAUCGAUUUGAAGUAUUUGUUGCGGUUUUUUAUGCAUGAAGCUUUUCAUUGGCUUA